UAAUCACAGCGCAGUUGUGCGCUUUGUAUAAUCUCCUUAACCAAAAUUACUGUCACGGCUCCUUAUCAAAGGGAUCUGACGCGAACAAAACGACAACAAUCACCGCAUCGUUUCACACCUGAGUCACUACAAAGACCCAACUGGUUUCGAUACACAACGACAUUGGCACAGUGUUGGAGCGCGCAGUGUUGGAUCACACACACGCCCCAUCCAUCAGGAUUGACACUUGUGUUCAAAGGACGUCAGUUCGGAGGUGUGCCAGUAUAAAUCCAGAUAUCUGGAUCUGACCUGGACCACUCUGAGUUCACCUCUGGAGGAGACAACAGCACCUGCAGUGGAAUUAUGAAGGGACUAACUUUGGAUUUCUCCUUUGCGCUUCUCUUCUUCUUGGUGGAUUUGGUUAUGGCUCACCGUCCCGACGCGCUCCUCAGCGCCAUCAGCUCCAGACGCACAGUGCAGCGGCAGCAGAGCACCAAGCUGCCCCUCUACAUGAUGCAGCUCUACCGGACUAUGCUGACCGAGGACCGCCGGGCUGCUGUCCCCAUGAGCCCGAUCAGGGCCGAAGAUAACCCGGGUCUGCACGACUCCGACUCUGUCAUCAGCCUCGUCGCUAAAAGUUGCCACCAGGUUGGAAAACGGUGGUCCGUCACCUUUGACAUGUCCUCCAUGUCAGCAAGCGACGACAUCCAGCUGGCUGAGCUUCGAAUCCGCCUGCCCGCCUUCACCGAGUCCUCCCGAGCCUCUGUGGACAUCUACCACUCCCAGAAAGUCCAGUGUUUCGACUCCCACUGCCCACAGAAGAGGCUGUUCCUGGGUCACCUGAGGGCUCACCCCAAUUCUGCGGCAUCCACUUCCUCCUGGAAGGUGUUCAACAUGACAGAGAUGCUUCACCACUGGCUGCAGCAGGAGCACACUGUGCAGAUAAUGAAUGAUGCGGAGGAGGAGGUCAGAGAAGGAGAGCAGGAGGGGGUCCAGCACCAUACAACAGACAGGGUCAUGAUGGUGGUCUUCUCCAGGCAGAACACCAACAGGACGCCGACCAUCAUCCGCACAGCAGAGCACUCCAAGUAUGUCGGCCUGAACAAGGAGCGGGCGGUGGAUGAUUCAAGCAGCUCCAGGAUGAGGAGCAAGAGGCACCACAGGACCCAGGAGCAGAGGCGGAGGCAAACCAGAGCUGCUCCUGCUCACAAGCCAGCAGAGGCGGAGAAGAAGGGUCCUCUGUGCAGGAAGGUGGACAUGUGGGUGGACUUUGAGAAGCUCGGCUGGAGUGAGUGGAUCGUUUAUCCUAAACGGUACAACGCCCAUCGCUGCGAGGGGAGCUGUCCCACACCAGUAGACGAGACCUUCACCCCGACCAACCACGCAUACAUGCAGAGUCUUCUGAAUCUUCAUCACCCACACAAGGUGCCGUGUCUGUCAUGUGUGCCGACGCGCCUGGCCCCAAUUUCCAUGUUGUACUACGAGAACGGACAGAUGGUCAUGAGGCACCACGAGAACAUGGUGGUGGAGGAAUGCGGCUGCCACUGAGCGACAGACCUGCAAAGGUUGAAAGGGGGAGAAAAACGCGGGGACUGUAACCGAGGAGUGUGCAGCCCCACAACCAGACACAAAGUGGAUGUUCUACAUACCGAGCGUCCACAGGCACUUUACAGAGACAUUCUGAUGUUGGACACUGGGACAGAUGCUACUGCUGUGAUGCAGGGACAUUUUAAAAUUAAGGAUAUAAGAAUAUGAUGAGUUUAUUCAUACUGUUAGAAGAUGAGAUGACUGAAGCACUGUAGAAGCAGCUGUACACGAGAGGACUUAUGUAUGAAGCUGAGAUGUUUAAAUG